CUAAUUAGGCAAUUAUUUGUAUUAUUUUCUGUCUACAAAUGUGUGAAAGCUAAAGAUCAGCCACUCCACAGAGCCUUUACAUAUAUCAUCAAAUCAAAACGGUAAUUCUUCCCCAAAAAAUAAAAAUUCCCGAUGAAUUUCUUCAAAGCAGUCUUCGCUGAUGAUCCAACGCCACCAGACUCCCCCAAAUCCCCUCCUCCCAGCUCUGAAAACCCGAACCCUGACCCGCCAACCCAAAACUCCACCUGGUCCUUUGGCUCUCUCAUCCAAACCUUAGCAACCAAAUCUGAAUCCGUCAUCGAAAUCUACAAGAAAGACCUGGAAGAAUUCGGAUCCGGCUUGAAAAAUGAAUCCACCAUUAUCCGCGAUGUCGCUUCACGCGCCGUCCAUGAUCUCCCCGCUUCCUUCGAGGCAAGCGCUGCCGUCGCUCAGGAGUCCUUUGGACAAGCCAUCGGUGGGAUUGGAUCCUCCAUGUGGAAAUCAACGGCCCAGAUCAUUUCUCAAGGUAGAGACUCCAUUUUAGCCUCUGAUCAUGAUCAUGAUCGUGAUUUACUCUUAUCUAAUACUGAUACCAAUAGAAGUAGUUUGGGUAAACAGUACAGUCGUUUUGAUGCUCAAGUGCGUGCAUUGCAAUGUGAUUUCGAUACUUACUGUAGUGAACCUGAGGAUAAGGAGGAUUAUGAGAAAUGGAAAUCAAGGGGUUUUGUGAUUGAUGAGAAAAAGGAGGAGAUUGAGAGGUUUAUUAGUGAAAAUGGGGUGAUCAGGGAGAUUUAUGGUGAGGUUGUGCCUAAUAGAGUUGAUGAUGAGAGUUUUUGGAGCAGGUUCUUUUAUAGGAUGUUUAAGUUGAACCAAGCAGAGGAGGCCAGGGCUUUGCUUGUUAAACGAGCGAUUUCUGGGGAUGAAGAGGAGGAUUUAAGUUGGGAUUUUGAUGAUGAUAAGGAGGAGGGUGAUGGGUUGUUGUCGAAAGGCAGUGAAUCAACUGUGAACGUAGUAGACGCAGAGAAGGGGAUUGUUGAUGGUAUGAUUGUCGAGAAUGUGGCGGAGAAGGAAAGGGUUGGGGUUGAUGGAAGUGAGGAUAAGUUGGAGGAGAAGGUAAUAGUUGGGGUGGAUAUAAGUGAGGAUAAGUUGAAGGAGAAGGUAGUAGUGGUGGAGGGAGAGGGCAAUAUUGUUCAAUCAUGUGAGGAUAAUGUUAAGUUGGACGAGAAGGUAGAGGUGGUGGAGGGAGAGGGAGAGGGAGAGGGCAAUAUUGUUCAAUCAUGUAAGGAUAAUGUUAAGUUGGAGGAGAAGGCCGUGAUGGGGAAGGGAGAGGGGGAUAAUAGCAAAUCAUGCGAGGAUAGUGAUAAGUUGGAGGAGAAGGGGGAUGAGGGUGAAUCACCUAAGGAUAGUGAUGUUUCGGUGGUUUCAAGCAAGUCUCUGGCUGAGGAGGAUCUUGAGUGGGAUGAGAUUGAAGAUAUUGGGAGUAAUGAUGAGAGCAAAGGGGAAGCUGUUGGGAGCAGGAAGAGUGCUGGUACAAGUAGAGUUGAUUUGCAUAAGCAGUUGAGUGCGGCGGAGGAAGAGGAGGAUUUUAGUUGGGAUAUUGAAGAUGAAGAUGAUGCACGAGUUAAGUGAUUAUUCAUAUGUGCUAAUUAUUAUUUAGUUUAUCAUUGUACUGCAUUGUGAUAUAUAUGUUUUCAUAUCUUCCCUUCUAGAUGUUCAAGUGAUUAAAUUCAUGCUAUUGUCACAGUUCUACGAGUUUCCAUAAAUAUAAAUACAAAUUGAUCUGAA